AUCUAUAAACAUGGAUGCCUACUUGGCAGUAACAUGCCACUAUGUCACUGCAGAGGCCAAGCUUUCCACUUUGCUUUUAGGAGUGAGGAAGUUCACUGACACGCACACAGCAGCUAACAUCGCUGAAGCAAAGUCAGCCCUUAUGACAGACUGGGGAAUUACAGGGAAGGUAACAAGCUUGGUGACCGACUGUGCGUCAAACAUGAUUGCAUGUGCUAUUCAGUUACAUCUCCGCCAUGUCCCCUGUUCUGACAUGUUUUGGCAUUGUCGCAAAAAUGACUGCUCUCAGUGUGGCAACACUUGUGGACCCCAGGUAAAGAACUCAAUGAUAAAUUUGGCAUUGUCGCAAAAAUGACUACUCUCAGUGUGGAAAUUCUUUUGGACCCCCAGGUACAAGGAGAUGGGGUUCUGCAGUGCAAACUCGUCUCAGGCUGCAGUGGAGAGACUCACCAGGGAAUGUGCAAACAUCAUUCCACCACCACCACCAUCACCACCACCACCACCAUCCUCACAGGAGUCUUCAGAGCAGGAGGAUAAUCUCUGGGGCCUGCUUGACAGCCACGUUGGCACACAACGUGUUUCCAACGCAACAGCCAGUGCCAUUGCCGAGGUCCAGAGGUAUUUGAAAGACCCACAUUUGCCUAGGUCAGAGGACCCUCUUAAAUACUGGGAAAGGCACCACCUUGUCUUUCCACAUGUCUCUCAAAUAGCCAUGCGCUAUCUGUGCACUCCAGCAUCCUCAGUGCCAUGUGUGACGGUCUUCUCCAAGGCUGGGGAAGUAGUCAGCAGCCGACGAAACCGCCUCAAACCCAGCACCGUAGAACACAUUUUGUUUCUCAAUAAAAAUCUGGAAAGGAAAACAAGUACAAAAUAAGCAUUCCCCAAACUGUCAUUCACAAUCCCCGUUACUGCACAAGUACCUUCCCCAAACCUCCUUUGUACACAAGCACUUACACACAAACGACCUCUUGUAUUUCACAUAGACCUGUAUCACAAGCACUUUCCACAAACCCCUUUAUGCUUUCUGAAUUGU